AUGAGCAAGAGGUCACCGAAUACACCCAUCUCGGGGCUGCAGAAGAAGCUCAAGAUGUCGCCGCCGCCGUCAGCUGCGCUGGCUGGCAGCAGUUCUGCCGAGAAGUUUCGGCGGCAAUUACUGGUCAUGGGCUUCGAACUCCAGCGGGUACGGGAACUUAACCAGUUCUUGGAGUGGGAGCGCCAGAUGCAGGUAGAAUAG